GGGUCCCAGGCCCCCCACGGGCGGCAUGGAGUUCUCGGAGCUGAUCUGCAUCAGCCGGGCCCAGGCCAAGUUCCUGCGGGGCCCGGAGGCGCCCUGGCUGCUCGGCACGCUGUGCGUCACCGGCCGCCACCUGCUGCUAUUGCCAGGGCCCCAGGACUUGUGGCUGCUGCUGCUGCUGCGUGGUGUUGACUCCAUCGAGAAACGGGUCGCGGAUGAAUCGGGCACCAUCACGCUUCGCUGUAAAGACCUGCGGGUGCUGCAGCUGGACAUAGAGGGUGUGGAAACGACGCUGGACAUCGCUUGCUCCAUCAAGCUACGCCGGGCACUGUCUUCCCUGGAAUCAGUCAUCACCUCCUUUCCGUUCCUCUACCGUCCGAAGGGUCUGAGAUUGGGCGACCCCUGGCACCUUCACUCGCCCGAAAGCUACUACAAGCGAGUAGCUCGCGAGACCAACGCGUGGCGGCUGAGCGAGGUGAAUGAGGACUUCAGCCUGUGUUCCAGUUACCCCCGGGCGGUGAUCGUGCCUCGCGCGGUGGAUGACAAGGCCUUGGCUGCCCAUUUCCGCCAGAGAGGCCGCUUCCCGGUGCUCAGCUAACACCUCGCGCCCAGGGGAACAGUGCUGCUGCGUUCCAGCCAGCCCCUGAAAGGCCCCCAGAAGCGGCGCUGCGCUGAGGACGAGUUGCUGCUGCGAGCUGUGCUGGCGGGUACUCUGCCUGGGGCCCGGGGCUUCGUGGUGGACACGCGCUCUGCCCAGGCUGCUAAACAGGCCCGCAUGACUGGCGGCGGCACGGAGGCGAAGGCCGCCUACCUUGGCUGGAAGCGGCUGCACUGGGCCCUGGAGAGGGGGCGGCCCCUACAGGAGAGCUUCAUGUGCCUGGUGGAGGCCUGUGGGGACCUGGAGCAGAGCACAGAUUGCUGGCUUAGUCAGCUAGAGGGCUGCCACUGGCUGGCAUACAUGAAGGAGGCACAGAGCACUGCUUGUCUGGCAGCCCAGGGCAUGGAGAGGGAAGGAGCCUGCAUCCUGGUGCAUGGGGCUGAAGGUACAGACAGCACCCUGCUCAUGACUUCGCUGGCCCAACUCAUCCUGGAUCCACUGAGCUGGACCAUGGCUGGAUUCCAGGAACUGGUGGAGUGGAUACAGGCUGGCCACCCCUUCCAGCUGCACUGUGCCCACUCGGCCUUCUCCCAUGCCCGCCCCAAGCAUAAGGCACCCACUUUUCUCUUCUUCCUGGACUGCAUGUGACAGCUGGGCCGCCAGUUCCCGCUGUCGCUGGAGUUUGAGGAGGGGCUGCUGUUGGUGCUGUUUGAGCACACCUAUACCUCCCCUUUUGGCACCUUCCUCUGCAACAGCGAAAAGGAGAGAUGCCUGUGUGAAGUGAGGAGUCGAACACACUCCCUUUGGUCCGGGCUCAACCAGCCAAAAGAGCAACGAAAACUGCGGAACCCACUCUAUGUCCUCAAUCUGUUGGCCAUGUGGCCCUCUGUGAAGCUCCAGAGCCUGCGACUGUGGCAAGGCCUGUUUCUGCACUGGACCCGCCCACCUGAGCCUCCAGAGGUGGCAUGGGAGAAGGUGUGGCAAAUAGUGACAGAAAGGGAGAAGACAGAAGGCUCUCAGCCAGCAGCUUCAGCCUCUGAGCCCCACCCCUAAGCAUCGGCUCCUUGGAGAGUGGCUGAG